UUACGUACCCCGAACGUCACUUUUCCGCUGCGGUAGCGGUUAGCAUGCUGGCUAGUAUAAACAAUGCUUGACGUCGUUGUGUAAUGUGACAUUUAUUCUUCUAAAAUAUCAUCAAUCAUUUAUCAUUUUCAAGACAAUCUCGUCGAGCAUCAUGGAAACGGAAAACCGAGCCAAAAAGAGAGUGUACUCGGAGAAGUCUGCUUCUGAGGGAUCGGAGGAUGAUGACUACGUGCCGUAUGUUCCUGUCAAGAUCAGAAAACAGCAGAUGCUCCAGAAGGUGAUGCGUCUGCGGGGUAAAGGCCUGACGGAGGAGGAGCAGAAGGACAGUGGUGGAGAACAGAAGGAUGAGGAUGAAGGUCUGGGUCCUCGAUCUAAUGUCAGCCUGCUGGACCAACAUCAGCACCUCAAGGAGAAAGCAGAAGCUCGAAAGGAGUCUGCCAAGGAGAAACAGCUGAAGGAGGAGGAAAAGAUUCUGGAGAGUGUGGCUGAAGGCAGAGCCCUGAUGUCUGUGAAGGAAAUGGCCAAAGGAAUCACAUAUGAAGAUCCAAUAAAGACAAGGUGAGUUGACGUAUACAGCACUU